AGAACUAUAACUUGGUAUGAAGAAUUGCAAAAGGCCAGUUGUUACUGGAGAGAUAUGACAGAGUUCCAGUGAAAGAAAGGCUAUUGUCAGUGGAGCUGCAGAAUUCUUGCUGACCCCACAAUCAUCACCAUGGCGCUGCACAAUACCUUGGUGGUCCUGAUGCUGGUCCUUAGCCUUCGUGGUCAAGUUCAAACGGGGAAAAUCAUCGGGGGACACCCAGCUGUUCCUCAUGGUAGACCCUACAUGGUGCUUUUGGAAAGGAGAAUGUGGAAUGAUGAAACCAAAUUUUGUGGCGGCUUCCUGAUCAGCGAUCAGUUUGUGGUUACAGCUGCUCACUGCCAGGCUCGUAUCUAUAACGUCUAUGUAGGUCUUCAUAAGUUCAAGAAUGAUCAAACUACAAAGGCCAUUCAAGUGUGUCAAGCAAUUCCACAUGAGGACUUCAAUGAAAAAACAAUAUUGAAUGACUUAAUGCUACUGCAGUUAAGUGAGAAGGUUAACUUCACAGACCAUGUCAGACCGAUUAAUUUAGCAAGCCGAGGUGAUCCUCUGCCUCAACGCUGUAUGGUCUCUCGCUGGGGAUUUAGCGAAGAGAAUCCGAACGAAAUGGCCAGAGAGCUGAGGGAAGUUAAUGUUAGACCGAUUAAUUUAGCAAGCCGAGGUGACCAUCUGCCUCAACGCUGUAUAGUCUCUGGCUGGGGAUUUAGCGAAGAGAAUCCGAACGAAAUGGCCAGCGAGCUGAGGGAAGUUAAUGUUACCCUUGUGAAACAUACACUCCCGGCUGAUCGCCAUGUUUACACCUCCCUUGGAGAAAGCGGACCUUCCAAUGGAGACUCUGGCGGUCCACUUGUUUGUGAAGGUGAAGUGGCGUACGGUGUUGUGUCAGGCGGCACACAGAAAUUCAAACUGUACACUAAAAUCCCAGACUAUCUUGGUUGGAUUUUAGGCCACAUGAUGAAAAAGUGACACAAGAAUGUCAUCGUUAAUUUGUCGUGCUUUGUGAACCUUGUUGAUGAAUAAAUCGCUGUUCCACACACCUGUCCUGAUUCUCUCACCUCAUGGAAUGGGACACGUUGUGGGAGAAAAUGAAAAGGAACUAAAACUUAGCAGAAUAGCAUACAUUCUUUGUUUUCGUGUGUGUGUGAGUGUAAAUGUUUGUGUACUUUUUCUAAUGCAUCUAAACCUGGUUGAAACGAAGUCAUCCCUGUUUAAAACUUGAAUAACUUCACAUUCUUGAUCCACUGAAUGAUAAAUUGUUUAAAAAUUAAAAUAGACUGCCACCUUGUG